GGUCUGCAGGGAGGAAGAGAGCGAGGGAGAACUUGGUGCUGGGGAGCUGACCUCUGUGGCCUGGCGGGCCUCUGGGCAGGGGGGGCCGAAGAGGAGCGGCUGGGGGCUGCGGGAAUCCAUGCGGGGGCCAUGGACCGAGCGGCGCUCCUGGGACUGGCCCGCCUGUGCGCUCUGUGGGCAGCCCUGCUCGCGCUGUUCCCCUGCGGAGCCCAAGGAAACUGGAUGUGGUUGGGCAUAGCCUCUUUUGGGGUCCCGGAGAAGCUGGGCUGCGCCAACUUGCCGCUGAACAGCCGCCAGAAGGAGCUGUGCAAGAGGAAGCCCUACCUGCUGCCCAGCAUCCGCGAGGGCGCGCGCCUGGGCAUCCAGGAGUGCAGGAGCCAGUUCCGGCACGAGCGCUGGGACUGCCGCGUCGCCGCCGCCCCCGCGGCCGCCGGCCCCCUCUUCGGCUACGAGCUGAGCAGCGGCACCAAGGAAACAGCGUUUAUCUAUGCGGUGAUGGCUGCGGGCCUGGUGCACGCUGUGACCCGGUCGUGCAGCGCCGGCAACAUGACGGAGUGUUCCUGUGACACCGCCUUGCAGAACGGCGGCUCCGCCAGCGAAGGCUGGCACUGGGGCGGCUGCUCCGAUGACGUCCAGUACGGCAUGUGGUUCAGCAGAAAGUUCCUGGACGUCCCCAUCAGAAACACCACGGGCAAGGAAAGCAGAGUGCUGUCAGCAAUGAACCUGCAUAACAGUGAAGCGGGAAGGCAGGCUGUGGCCAAGCUGAUGUCCGUGGACUGCCGCUGUCACGGAGUGUCCGGCUCCUGUGCGGUGAAAACAUGCUGGAAGACCAUGUCUUCUUUUGAGAAGAUUGGCCAUUUCCUGAAGGAUAAAUAUGAGCACAGUGUUCAAGUCUCAGACAAAAUAAAAAGGAAAAUGCGCAGGAGAGACAAGGACCAGAGGAAAGUACCGAUCCGCAAGGAGGAUCUGCUCUACCUCCACAAGUCUCCCAACUACUGCGUCGAGGAUAAGAACAUUGGGAUCCCGGGCACACAGGGCAGAGAGUGCAACCGCACGUCGGAGGGCGCGGGCGGCUGCAACCUCCUCUGCUGUGGCCGAGGCUACAACACCCACGUGGUCAGACACGUGGAGAGGUGCGAGUGCAAGUUCAUCUGGUGCUGCUACGUCCGCUGCAGGAGGUGUGAAAGCAUGACUGACGUCCACACCUGCAAGUAACCACCCCGUCCAGCCGUGGGCAGCACUCCUCACCGGCCGCAGUGGAGUGCCACUUGGCCGGGCUAGCGAAGUCCACUCUGCCCUCGAAACCCCAGGCCCUUGGGCCUCCCAGCGUUCCCUUUGCCUGGUUGGUGUCCAAUCACACACUGAGCAUGUGGAUGUGGGAGAAUUCUCCGAGUUUUGGGCUCCUAAUUUGGUGAUCUGGGAAAUAUAUACUAGUAUAUACAGUGACAUGCAAGGAAGAUCAUCUGUCUCCUAAACAAGAAAGAACAGGAAAGAACCUUCCUGUAGAAGACCUGCUCCAUCUUCAGGAGAAGAUCCUUGACUAUGGGACUCAGUUAUGGAGCUCAAUAGGGGUGGGUGACUGUUAGUCAUUUUUAAAAGACACCUCUUAUAGCAGCCAGGAGCGUACAGGUGAAUCUCAUUUAUUCUCUCAGCGUUUAAUUUUUUGGUUUUUUGUUUUUUUAAAUAUAUUUUUAUUGAUUUCAGAGAGAAAGGGAGAGGGAGAGAUAGAAACGUCAAUGAUGAGAGAGAAUCAUUGAUCGGCUGCCUCCUCCACGCCCACUAAUGGGGAUCGAGCCUGCAACCCUGGCAUGUGCCUUGAUGGGAAUCGAACCUGGGACUCUUCAGUCCGCAGGCUGAUGCUCUGUCUAUUGAGCCAAACCAGCAAGGGCUCUCUCAGCGUUUUAGAUGAAGAAAUUGUAUUACAUGUCUGGGCAUAGAAACGGAUGUUGAAAAGGUAACAGAGUGGUGGGUGCUUUCUUUCAUUUCAAAAGAAAGGCAAUGAAAGAGAAUUUUCAUAAGUGAUACAAUAUUCCUAAAAAGUGUUUGCUAGGUUUAGUGACAAAAGGAAAGGAUCAAAAUUUAACAAAGUGAAUUUUGUAUAAUUUGGAUUUUAAAUGGAUUUCAAUCAGGAGAAUAUCUAUAUAAAUCUCAGUAAGGUAUUGAGGCAUCUUUGAUCUUCAGCUUCAGAGUGUAAUCGUAGACCAGUUGCUAUUAUUAAAAACCCAGCUCUGAAUUACUGCCCGAGGGAGGGAUCCUGAAAGCACGUGGGAAAUUAGAGGUAAAGCACCCUUUACACGUAUAUAAAAACAGUAUUUUGUAUAGUAUUUUGCUUUAAAAAGUUUUAUAUUUUGUAAAUACAGUUUUUAAAUUAUAUGAUAUAUAUUAAAACUUAAGACAUGUAUUGCCAAAGCCCAAGAGCUAAGGCGAUAAAAUUAUCUCAGAAAUAAUAUUAGCUUCUGUUUUUCUUCAUACUAUCAACUCUGACUUUAUAUAUAUAUAUAUAUAUAUAUAUAUAUAUAUAUAUAUAUAUAGAAAAAGAAGUUAAUUGAGCAGUUAGUUAUAUGGAUGUGUAUUUCUUGCCAAAAUAUCAGUUUUAUAAGUGUUAUAGUUUAAAAUAUGCUGCAAAACAUGGAGGGUUGUGUUAUUUCAGCAGUCAGAUUAGUUAAAUUCUGUUUUUAAUUAAUGUUUAACUUGUAAAGUUAUUAUAAUAAAUUAUACAAACAGUGUAGAAAGUCUUCACUGAAAAAAAGAAUCUAAAUCAGAAUAAUGAUCAACUUGUGGAUUUGAUUUCCUGGAUAUUUAUUAUAUUGUAUGUAAUGCUGCUUUUCCAUGUGAAUGUUGAAUAGUCUUCCUUGUUUUAGUAUUCAUGCAUGUGUAUUCACCAUCUAUUACAAGGUUCCUGGUAAAAGUCGCAGGGCUGUAUUUAAAGUUAUAUUUUAAUGUAAAUGCUUAGUUUUUUAUGAAUUGUUAAAUAUUUCAGUAUUAUAUAGAAAAAGUAGAUUUCUAAGUUCAGAAUGGACAAAGAAAGAAUAUUCUUUUUUUUUUUUUUUCAUAACAAACUAAAGAAAUGUUUUCCUUUCCCCCAGGUCUCAUUCUAUUUCCUUUCCAUUUUAUUACCAAGGCAGAACAAUAAUGUGCGGGUAAGAGCAAGCACAUGGAAAUAUCUCAGGUCUAAUAUUACAAUCAAGGCCAAACAUUUGAAUGUGACCCUUAGAGUUUAACCAAGUUAUUAUUCAUUGAAUGUGAUUCUCAGAAAUGACAAGUGAACAAAUAUAGUGCUUAUUUUAAAAACUGG